UGCCUCUUUUUGUGGCUGCAGAAACAAGAUGGCUCCCGUGCUGGAGAAGAGGCUGUUGGGCGCAGCCGGGGCUGGUGACACCCUGGAAAACGGCAACGAAGACGAAGAAGGACAGAACUUAUGGUCAUCAAUUCUCAGCGAAGUGUCAACCCGGUCCAGUUCCAAAUUACCUUCUGGAAAAAAUAUUUUGGUUUUGGGAGAGGAUGGAUCAGGAAAGACCACACUUAUGGCAAAACUUCAAGGAGCUGAGCAUAACAAGAAGGGUAGAGGGCUGGAAUAUCUGUACUUGAGUGUCCAUGAUGAAGACAGAGAUGACCUGACGCGCUGCAACGUGUGGAUCUUGGAUGGAGACCUGUACCACAAAGGACUGCUGAAAUUUGCCGUCACAGCGGACACGGUGCGGGACACGCUUGCUGUGUUAGUUGUGGACAUGUCCCGGCCGUGGUCCAUCGUGGAGUCCUUGCAGAAGUGGGCCAGAGUCCUGCGAGACCACAUUGACAGGCUGAGGAUUCCACCUGAGGAAAUGAGGGAGAUGGAGCAGACAAUGGUGAAGAGCUUCCAGGAGUACACCGAGCCAGAGGAGGCGAUCCCAGCCUCUCCCCAGAGACGGACAGCAGCCGGCGGGGCAGAGGACGAGGGCGUGCUGCUCCCGCUGGGUGAAAACGUUCUCACGCACAACCUGGGCAUUCCUGUGCUAAUAGUAUGCACAAAGUGUGACGCAGUCAGCGCCUUGGAGAAGGAACAGGACUACAAAGAGGAACACUUUGACUUCAUCCAGUCCCACAUCCGACGCUUUGGCUUACAAUAUGGAGCUGCCUUAAUGUACACCUCUGUGAAAGAGGAGAAAAACCUGGACCUCAUGUAUAAAUACAUACUGCACAAAAUGUAUGGCUUCCAGCUCACCACACCUGCCUUAGUGGUGGAGAAAGAUGCUGUUUUCAUACCAUCUGGUUGGGACAACGAGAAGAAAAUCUCAAUCUUGCAUGAAAACUUCCUAACGGUUAAAGCUGAGGAUCCUUUCGAGGACUUUAUCAUGAUGCCUCCUGUAAGAAAGCUGGUUCAUGAUAAGGAAGUGAAUGCAGAGGACGAGCAGGUCUUCCUCAUGAAGCAACAGUCGUUGUUAGCCAAGCAACCGGCCACACCCACUAGAGCCACAGAGUCUCCUGCCCGAACCUCAUCUGGAUCUCCUCGACCUUCCAAUGUUGCUAGCGUUUCGCCUAUGACCGCUGUCAAAAAACCAGACCCCAACUUGAAAGGGGCCGCGGCGAAUGAGGGCGUCUUGGCCAACUUCUUUAACAGUCUGUUGAGUAAAAAGACAGGGUCCCCAGGGAGCCCUAGUUCUGGAGGAGGAGGAGGAGGAGGUGGAGGAGGAGGAGGAGGUGGAGGGGUACAAGGCUCAUCCAAGAAAGCAGGGCAGAAGCCGGUUUUGACUGACGUCCAAGCAGAGUUGGACCGCAUGACUCGCAAAUCGGAUUCCCCGGUCACGCCCAACAACACAUCGUCGACGGAGACCGAGGCGUAAAUGCCCCCUACUGCAGCAUCUGUGUUAAACGGUUUAAGAAAACAAAAGAAAUGCACACACUCUCACUCCCACAUAUAAGAAAGAUAUGUGACCAAAUUCCCAAUGCACGUCUGUCAGUCACAGACCAUUGUUCUGUCUGAUGUGGAGACUUGCCAUCAGGUAUAUGUUUGUCAUGGUUGAGAUGAACGUGUGGGGGGGAGGCAUGACUUGGUGUUCUGCUGGGCAUGCCUGAUUAUGUAAGGCCUCUACACUUUCUGGAAGGUAGCCAAAUCUCCACCUCUCAGCUGGAAGCAUUUCCGCCCUUUUCCGACGUCCUAUGGACCAGGAAAGUGCUGUGGUUUUUUUUUUUUUUUUUUUUUUUUUUCCUUCUUCUUCUUCAAUGGAUCCUGUGGAAGGAAAGCAAAAACACAGCUGCUGCAAAUGAAAUAAACAGCCUGAAACCAAUAUAUUUGGCGAAAACUUAAAGUACUUGCAGAAAUAUCUAGUGUGUAAAAACGUAGAUAUAUCAUGAUACUGUUGUAUUUAUAUAUAAAUCCAGCCUUUUUGUUUUUUUUACAUUCUCACUAAAAUGCUUUAAAUGAAAAGGUGUCUUGCUACUUGACUAAUGUUAAACCCCACUGACGUCAUGACACUAAUGUGACAAGGAAAAUAAUUGGCUCAUUGAACAUAAGAAUAUACUGUAAGACAUUGGCAAAAAAAACAGGAUUCUGUAAAUAUAAGUAAAAUGCAUUAUGGACGUCUGGUUGUUCUGUACAGAACGCCUUUAUUUUAACAAAAUUAUGUAAAAAUAUUUCUUAAAUAAGGCAUCAUCUGGUUUUGUCAAGUUAAGGCUGCAUUAAGGCUGCUCCUUUUGGCUACAAGUAUGUGAGCUGGUGAGACCUACCUUAUCUUCAAGUGCCUGACAUGGUGGACUGUUUGUGUAAUAGUACAGCUGCUUGUCUGCAGAACAAGAAGUGCACUGUAGUACAAAAUGGUAAAACUUUUUUUUUUUUUUUGUUCUGUUAUAAAAAUAAUUUAUAUUUUAAUAUUUUGUACUACAAUUCUGUAGGUCUUUGCCUAUUUGUAUGAAGAGAUUUUGCUUAUUGCUGUGGCCAAGAUUAAAAUUGUUCAAAAUGAGCAAUGGGAAGUAUGCCUUUUUCAACAGUUGAGUCACUUUAAAUGUGUUUGACUGCAAGGGGCUCCCUUAACAUUAGAAGAGAUGUUCCCCUUUUGAACACACAGUUAAUCUCCAUUUAUCUCAUUAGUCGGCAAUUAAAAGUUGCUUUUUUUGGUUUAUUUUAAUAAUUGUGUGACUUUCAUAGAUGAAAUAUCACCAAAAUAACAUUAAAUUGCUUUUAGCUCUCCAUUUUUAAUGCAAAAGUGUGCGGCAGUUGAUAUUAAACAUUCCCUCUAUCUAAAUGAUGCACUUGACAUGGAACUGUCCCACAGGGGGAUAGUGUUUUUAUGUGUGGAAUGCUGGUUUUGGUUAGGAUUUGAUUUGCUUUGCUUUUGAGGGCAGAUGCAGUGAUUCUUCUUUGCUUCAUCACCUGUCACUCGAUCUCCCAUCAUCACUCAGAAGUGGUUAUUCAGAUCUCAGCCUUGCCUAAGUCUACUGCAUGUUGGCAAAUGUUACUUCAGUUGCAUUUUCACUGUACAUUUGUGUUGAUACUUUUCUUUGGAACUAAAAUUGAUUAAAUUAAUGCCGCUUAGGUUUGUUUUGAAAGGGUAUAUUUAGUGUCAACCUGCAGUGUAUUUUGAUAUUGAACAAACAUGUUUUUUUGACACUAAUUUAUAUGUAUAGUCUCAAUGUGGGGUAUACAUAUCAAAUUCCCUUCCUAAUUUGCAAUAUGCAUUUUUCUGCAACCGCAGCCACGUUCAUGUGCGAACCCCAUGCUUUUCACAUCGCAGACCGCAGAAAGGUUUACAGUGGAAGGAGAGGAGGUGUGGAAGAGCUUUCAUAUGCCUCUUUUUUAUAUUCAGUCCAUGGGGUGGCUAGCUAGUGAUGAAAUGCGGACUUAACCUACCAAACCCUACACAACUCACUGUCCGUCGUGUGUCACUCUAUUGAGCGAUCAGUCGCAGUCAGCACUCCAGAUUCGAUCCGGGAUGUUUCGUGUGGCGUCCUCGCCAAGUGAGUCACCCUGCUGGCCCUAUUCUGCAUUUUUAAUGAUGCCAUCAUCGAUUAUCACAAUAGAGCAGCCAUGUGCUAUUAAACUGAGAAAAAAGGAAAACGCUGACUACCUGGUACCAAAGAUACAGAAUCACUAUAUUCUGUAUAGGAUAGCAUCCUGUCUGGAAAUCUAGACUAUGUCUGCGGUGUAUAAUUCCAGAAUGUUUGGUGGUUAUUGAAAUGGUGGAUUUAUUCAAUCUGGCAGCAGGGACCUUUUUCUUUUAGGGAAACCCACCUGAACAUCAGUUGUAAAAAGUGUUUUAUGGCAAGGCAUAGGCUGUACCAAACAUUUGGACCUAUAAUUUUUGUCACUGCUGGUCAUAGCAUCUAUAAAGUUUCAACCUCAGUAUUUGGAACCAAUUCAUUAUCUUAAAAGAAAUGGCCUGAUAAAACACUCCAGCUGUCUUUUCUGAAGCAUAUAUAUACACGUCUGUAUACACGCACACACGGAUACAAGUAAAUCCACAAAAUGUAUGUGUGUGCUUAAACUGUAUUGCUUCAAUUGAUUCAUACUGUAUUGGUCAUCAUUUUAAUUUAACAUUAAAGCUUUAAUUAUGAAAA